AUGACUAUUCCCGAUAGAUUUAUGACUAAUGACAAGGGCACCUUUGGUGAAUACACGGCCAGUGCCCGUUGGCCCAUUAUCAUUCAAAAUGCCAUAGACGAUUUGGCCAGUCAACAAGAAUUGGAAAAGAGUAAAGUCACUAAAUUUGAGCAAGGCGAAGCUAUCAAGACUGCGCUGCAGCAGUUGCGCCAGGAGGUGAUUGAUCGUGCACCUUUGAGACUGUUCACUGAAGAGGAGAUUAAGUUGGCAGACGUGCCGCUUUCGUUCAAUGAGUAUUUAAGAGAACAUUCUCAGGCCAAUUGGGGAGCGGUAGAAUGGUUAUUCUCCGAGGUUUACUUGUACAGAAGAAUAAAUGUCUUAUUCCAGCGUCAAUCCGAGUGGGCUACUUUUGAUAUUUUCAACAGGCUAAAGCAAUCAACUUUUGAAUCUUCUUUCCAUGGCGUUGUAGAAUUGGCUCUUAGAUACGAAAACCUACUACCACAACUGAAAGAAAUCGAGCAGAAUUCCGGAAAGGAUGCCGACGACAUAUUGAAGGUUCUUUUCAAAGAAUUUAUCGAAAUUUCUUUAUGGGGUAAUGCUACUGAUUUAUCAUUGUUGACCAAUGCAACUUUGGAAGAAAUUAAAUCUAUUCAAGGAGCCAAAGCAAGGGCCGAAUCUGAGUCCAAGAUAGUUGUUAAUGACACCGACAGGGCCUGGGAAGUAUUAACUAAAGCCAAGGCCGAAGCUAAUGGCAAACAAAUUCGUGUUGAUUUUGUUUUAGACAAUUCAGGUUUUGAGUUGUAUGCCGAUUUAAUGUUAGCAGCUUUCUUAUUACAAAGUGGCUUGGCUACUAAAUGUAUAUUCCAUGCCAAAGACAUUCCAUACAUGGUUAGCGAUGUUAUGUUGAAGGACUUCGACAUACUAGUUCAAGACCUUAGAGAUCGUAAAUUCUUUCCAAGUGGGGAGUCCUCGACGAGGGAAUCCAAGGCUCUUGAAUCAUUUGCUAACGAAAUGGAAAAGUUUGUCUCCGGUGGUAAAUUAGAAUUCCGCGAAGAUUCUUUCUGGACUACAGAAUUAGAUUAUUGGAACCUGGACGCAAAGGAAGUCAAAUAUCAUGGCUCCACUUUACAUAAAGAUUUGACAAGUUCCAAUUUGGUUAUCUUUAAGGGCGAUCUAAACUAUAGAAAAUUAACUGGAGAUAGAAAAUGGCCCCGCACCACUAAAUGGGAAACCGCUAUUGGACCUCUUGCUAUCAAUGGUAUCACAUCGUUAAGUUUGAGAACAUGUAAAGCCGAUGUACAAGUUGCUUUGCCUGACGGUCUUGACCUUAAAUUGAGUCAAGAAUGGGAAAAGGAAAACCCUGGCCGUGGUUCUUGGUGGUGUUGUAGCGGUAAAUGGGCAGUCGUUUGUUUUUGUUCAGGUGAACCAAACAAGUAG